AGAGGCCAGAGCCAUCUGCUCUGCCAUUUUUCAUCUUCUUGUUUCUCUCUGUAAGAAAAAGGAAAUAGAAUUUGAGAUCUUGGAGAGAAAAGUGACAGAGACGGAGACAAUAGCAAGCAGCGUUAGCAAAAACGUAGGCCAUGGAGGAAUCCGUACGUGAAGUGCUUUACGAAGCACGUCAUCACGCCUCCAGGUCUUUCACUUCCAAUUAUCCUCCUCUUCCUCUUCAACAGUCAAAUGAAGCUGAUAAAGGCGGUUUCUUAUCAUUUCUUUCCGUUCGAGGUGUAAGACAGCUUAAAGAGAGAUGGACGGGAUACAAGAAUCCGAAGAAAAUGAAAAAACCAGUGUCUUUAUUUAUAUCCCCGAAAGGGGAUCGUGUUGCUGUUGCUGCUGGAAAUCAAGUAACAAUUUUGCGGAGGGAAGAUGAUUACCAGGAGCCAUGUGGCAUUUUUACUAGUAGCAGCCUUGUUUCAUGUACAUGUGGAGCUUGGUCCGAAUCUCAUGAUAUUCUUGGAGUCAUUGAUGAUGCUGAUGUAAUAUAUUUUAUUAAGGCAAAUGGUGAAGAGAUAACAAAGAUUACAAAGAGGCAUCUAAAGGUAUCUUCAACAAUAAUAGGACUGAUUGCACAGGAUGCUUCUGAUGUACAACAAUCUUUCUUGUGUAGCUUCACCGUUCUGACAUCUGAUGGAGCUUUUCAUCAUAUUGAGAUCAGUCAAGAGCCAAGUGCCUCUAUUUCCUCCACAAACAAUAGUGGCUUAGCUUUAAAAAGGCAAUUUCCUCAGAAUGUUUUCUGCUUUGACUAUUAUCCAGAUCUUUCUUUGCUUGUUGUUGUUGGUAGUGCUGUCGGCAGCUCUAUUACUGCUACUGGGAAAUCUGGAUCCUGUUAUCUUUCUCUUUGGCGUAAACGUGAGGAUUUGGUUUUGGAGCCAUUAGCCUCUACUCAGUUUGAUGGCCUUUACUGUGAACAAAAAGAUUAUGCAGGUCAUCUGGCCUACCCGAAGGUGUUAAUCUCAGCCCAUGGUGAUUAUAUUGCCGCUUUAGAUAUGAAUGGAUGUUUGCAUAUUUUUGAGCUGGAUAAAGAAAGCUGUUCAGUUACAAACUUUUCUUUUGGAGGGAGAGCUAAUUCUCAAGUGACUGAUAAACUGUUAAAUGGAUGCUCAGAAAUUUUAAUUGACAUUGUAGAUUUUACUUGGUGGUCUGACCACAUUCUCACUCUUGCAAAACGAAGGGGGUUUGUCACUAUGCUUGACAUCCUUAGUGGUCUGACACUAAUAGAGGAUGAACCUGUAUAUUCUAUGCCUGUUUUAGAAAGGGUACAGCAGUUUAAAGGAUAUCUGUUUCUUUUAGAGACUUUAUCAUCUGAUGAUAGGUUUGGUUUAUCUAAUAGUAAUAGAAGAACAAGUCAUAGAGAGCAAACUUCUGAAGAUGGAUCCAAUCAAUCUGACAUUUCUAGGUUGCGUUGGAGUUUGAUAUCAUUUUCAGAGAGAUCUGUUCCUGAAAUGUAUAAGAUUCUAAUUGGUAAUUCCAAGCAUCAGGCUGCCUUGGACUUUGCUGAUCGUCAUGGGUUGGAUAGGGAUGAAGUUCUGAAGUCACAGUGGUUAUGUUCAGGCCAGGGAAUAAAUGACAUAAAUACAUUUUUGUCAAACAUUGAAGAUAAAGUUUUUGUGCUUUCAGAAUGUGUAGAUAAAGUUGGACCAACAGAAGAAGCAGUGAAGGCUUUACUUGCAUAUGGCCUGCAGUUAACUAACCAGUACAAAUUUUCUGAAUCCAACAACCAAGAAUGUGGUGAGAUUUGGGAUUUCCGUGUGGCUAGACUUCAGCUUUUGCAAUUCAGUGAUAGGUUGGAAACAUUUCUUGGGAUAAACAUGGGCAGGUUUUCUAUGCAGGAAUAUAAAAAAUUCCGUGUUAUGCCAAUGAAUGAAGCAGCUGUUACACUUGCUGAAAAUGGAAAAAUCGGGGCUUUAAACCUCCUUUUCAAGCGUCAUCCUUAUUCACUGGCUUUCUUCAUGUUAGAUAUUUUGGCGUCUAUUCCUGAAACAUUUCCUGUGCAAACAUAUGUGCAGCUUCUUCCUGGGAGGUCUCCUUCUGCAAGUGUUGCUUUGAGGGAAGAAGAUUGGGUUGAAUGUGACAAGAUGGUAAGUUUUAUUAAUAAAUUACCUGAGAACCAUGAGAUUGGUACUCAAAUUAGAACUGAACCUGUUGUCAAGCGGUUGCUAGGAUCUUUUUGGCCUUCAACAGAUGAACUUGCAGUUUGGUAUAAGCAUAGAGCUAGAGAAAUUGAUUCCUGCAGUGGGUUGCUAGACAACUGCCUCUGCUUGGUUGGCUUUGCUUGUCAGAAAGGUAUCUACGAGUUGAAGCAGUUUCAUGAGGAUAUCUCAUACCUGCACCAGCUGGUUUAUGCUGAUGAGAGUGAUGGUGAUUUAAGUACCAGUAUAAGUCUUGUUGCAUGGGAACAAUUAUCUGACUAUGAAAAAUUUAGAACAAUGCUUCAUGGGUGCAAAGAGGAAAAUGUGGUUGAAUCAUUGCGGAAUAAGGCAAUUCCAUUUAUGAGAAAAAGGUCCCACAGUGUCACCUUGGGUACCCAAGAGCAGGUUGCAGAUGGCCAUUCUUUGGAAAAUCAUACUAUGGGUGAGUCAUUUCUGGUUAGAUGGCUGAAGGAGAUUUCUUUGGCAAAUAAAUUAGAUGUAUGCUCGAUGGUCAUCGAGGAAGGGUGCAAGGAGCUCCAAAGCAGUGGCUUCUUCAAGGAUGAGGUUGAAGUUGUAGAUUGUGCUCUGCAAUGCGUAUAUUUAUUUACAGUUGCAGAUAGGUGGAGUACCAUGGCUGCAAUAUUGUCAAAGCUUCCACAUAAGCAAGAUUCUGAAAUAUGUAUUGGCAACCUUGAUCAAAGAUGCAAAGUGGCAGAAGGCCAUAUUGAAGCAGGGAGGCUUUUGGCGUUUUACCAGGUCCCAAAACCAAUGAAUUUUUUCUUAGAAGCCCAUUCAGAUGAAAAAGGUGUAAAACAGAUUAUUCGCCUCAUACUUUCAAAAUAUGUUCGACGACAGCCUGGCCGAUCAGAUAAUGAGUGGGCAAACAUGUGGCGUGAUAUGCUGUGCUUGCAGGAGAAGGCCUUUCCUUUUCUUGACCUUGAAUAUAUGUUAAUUGAAUUCUGCAGAGGACUGUUGAAAGCAGGGAAGUUUUCUCUUGCAAGAAGUUACUUAAAGGGUACAAGUUCAGUUGCUUUAGCAACAGAGAAAGCAGAAAAUCUUGUUGUUCAAGCAGCAAGGGAGUAUUUUUUCUCAGCUUCAAGUCUGCAUUCCUCAGAAAUCUGGAAGGCAAAGGAAUGUCUGAAUUUAUGUCCAAGUAGCAGAAAUGUUAAAGCUGAGGCUGACAUUAUUGAUGCACUUACUGUUAAACUUCCAAACCUUGGAGUGACUCUUCUACCUAUGCAAUUCAGGCAAAUAAAAGAUCCGAUGGAGAUUAUUAAAAUGGCCAUCACAAGUCAAGCUGGAGCUUAUCUACAUGUUGAUGAACUAAUUGAGGUUGCCAAACUUCUUGGAUUGAGCUCUUUGGAAGAAAUCUCAGCUGUUGAGGAAGCUAUUGCUAGAGAAGCUGCAGUUGCUGGUGAUCUGCAGUUGGCCUUUGAUCUCUGCCUUGUUCUGGCCAAAAAGGGUCAUGGUCUUGUUUGGGAUUUAUGUGCUGCAAUAGCAAGGGGUCCUUCUCUUGAGAAUAUGGAUAUAAGUUCUCGAAAACAGCUACUGGGUUUUGCUUUGAGCCAUUGUGAUGAGGAAUCAAUUGGUGAGCUGCUCCAUGCAUGGAAAGAUUUAGACAUGCAAGGGCAGUGUGAGACUUUGAUGACGAUGACAGGGUCAAACUCUCCGAAUUUCUCAGUUCAAGGUUCAUCGGUUAUUUCACUUCCAGGCUACAGUAUUCAAGAUAUAGUUGACUUGAAAAAUUCCUCUGAACUGGUUGAAGGGUUUAACAGUGUUGAUCAAGAAAUUCAUUUCAAUAGUAUUAAAAAUACACUUUCUCUUGUCGCUAAAAACCUGCCUGUUGAGAAUGGGGCUAAUUGGGAGCUGCUUUUGCAAGGAAAUGGAAAGAUUUUAACUUUUGCUGCUAUACAACUUCCAUGGUUGCUUGAAUUAACUAGAAAAGCGGAGCACGGUAAGAACUUUACUUCUGGCUUGAUUCCUGGAAAGCAAUAUGUUAGUGUAAGAACACAAGCUGUGAUAACUAUUUUGUCCUGGUUGGCAAGGAAUGGUUUUGCUCCCAGAGACGAUCUGAUUGCUUCUCUGGCAAAAUCAAUUAUAGAACCACCAGUUACUGAAGAGGAAGAUGUCAUCGGUUGCUCCUUCCUGUUAAAUCUUGUGGAUGCUUUUAGUGGGGUAGAAGUAAUUGAAGAGCAGCUAAGAACCAGGGAAAACUACCAAGAAACUUGUAGUAUCAUGAAUGUGGGAAUGACCUAUAGCAUAUUACAUAAUACUGGAGUUGAUUGUGAAGGUCCUUCUCAGAGGAGGGAGCUGCUCCUCAGGAAGUUUAAAGAGAGGAAUAAGCCACUUAAUUCUGAUGACAUAAACAAGAUCGAUGAAGUACACUCCUCAUUUUGGAGGGAUUGGAAACUUAAAUUAGAAGAGAAAAAGCGUGUAGCAGAUCAUUCUAGAUUGUUAGAGCAAAUAAUUCCUGGGGUUGAAACUGCACGCUUUUUGUCUGGUGAUGUCAGCUACGUUGAGAGUGUUGUUUUUUCUCUAAUUGAGUCCUUAAAAUUGGAGAAGAAGCACAUUUUGAAGGAUUUGUUGAAAUUGGCCAAUACCUAUGGCUUGAACCGAGCUGAGGUAAUACUUCGGUACUUAACUUCAAUCCUUGUUUCUGAGAUUUGGACCAAUAAUGAUAUCACGGCUGAGAUCUCAGAAAUUAAAGGAGAAAUACUUGGUUAUGCUGCUGAAACUAUCAAAACCAUAUCCUUGAUCGUAUACCCUGCAGUUGAUGGUUGCAAUAAGCAGCGCCUUGCUUACAUAUAUAGCCUCCUCUCUGACUGCUAUAAGCAGAUAGAGCAAAGCAAAGAACCUUUACCAAUGAUACUCGUAGAUCAGCCACAUGCAUUUGCUAUUGGGUUAUCUCAUUAUUACAAGGUUAUUGAGGAAGAAUGUAGAAGAAUUUCCUUUGUUAAGGACCUAAACUUCAAAAAUAUUACAGGAUUAGGUGGUUUGAAUCUGCAGUCUUUCAGUAGUGAAGUCUAUGCUCACACUGAUGAAUUUAGCUUAGAAGCUUUGUCUAAAAUGGUAAUGACUCUGGUCAGCAUCUAUAGUGAUCCAGUGGCUGAGGGUCUCAUAUCAUGGCAGGAUGUCCACAAGCAUUAUGUGCUGCGUUUAUUGGCAACUUUGAAGGAUAGAGUUAGAACAGAGUUUAGCACUAACAACCCUGAAAACUUUCAGAAUAUAACCAGUGACCUUGAGCAGAUCUAUGACUUGUCUAGAAAGCAUAUCAAACUCUUGGAACCUUCACAGGCAUUGGACAUUAUGAAGCAAUAUUUCACUGAAAUCAUACCUCCACAUGGUGCUUAUGAGAAUAUGCCUGACAACUCAACAUGGCAGGACUGCCUCAUCUUCCUUUUGAAUUUCUGGAUCAGAUUGACUGAAGAAAUGCAAGAAUUUGCUUCCAGUGAGAUUUCAGUAGAAAAUACCAGGUUCCACCCAAAUUGCUUAGUGAGUUGUUUAAAGGUUCUCAUGAGGUUGGUGAUGGAGGACUCUGUUUCUCCUAGUCAGGGCUGGAGCACCAUUAUUGGGUAUGUCAACCAUGGUUUAAUUGGUGACCUUUCUGCUGUUAUUUUCAUUUUCUGCAGAGCCAUGAUAUUUUCUGGUUGUGGUUUUGGAGCCAUAUCAGAUGUAUUUGUUGAAGCACUACAACAUCAUGCAACCACUCCAAAUGCACCUGCUGACACCGAGUUUCAGGAUCUUCCCCAUCUCUAUUUAAACGUACUAGAACCAAUUUUACAAGAUUUGGCUAGUGGACCUCAGGAACACCAAAAAUUGUAUCUGUUGGUGUCGUCAUUGAGUAAUUUGGAAGGUGAUUCGGAGAAGUUGAAGAAAGUCAGGUGUGCAGUUUGGGAAAGAAUUGCCAGUUUCUCUGAAGAUUUGCAGCUUGCUAGUCAUGUUCGAGUUUAUGCCCUAGAGCUUAUGCAAUUUAUCACAGGUACUACUAUGAAGGGUUUAUCUUCUGAGCUGCAGCUAAAUGUUCACCCAUGGGUAGGGUGGGAUGAUUCACUCUGUGGAAGUAACAAGACUCAAAGUACUUCCAAUGAAGGGUUGCCUGAGCAAACAGAUACUUCCAGCAGGUUUACAAGUACUUUAGUUGCACUCAAAUCAUCUCAGCUUAUGGCAGCCAUCUCUCCUGGCAUUGAAAUUACCUCUGAUGACCUCUUGAAUGUUGAAACAGCAGUUUCUUGCUUCUUGAAAUUGUGUGAAGUUGCCAAUGCAGCUCCUCAUUUCAAUGUUUUGGUAGCCAUUUUGGAAGAGUGGGAAGGGCUUUUUGUGAUUAAGACAGAAGAGGUAGCGUCUGCAGUAUUUUCUGAUGCAGAAAAUAUCUGGAGCAAUGAUGAUUGGGAUGAGGGAUGGGAGAGCUUUCAGGAAGUAGAACCUUCGGAGAAAGAAAAGAAAGAAGACUUACUUUUGGUUCAUCCCUUACAUGAGUGUUGGAUAGAGAUUUUAAGGAGCCUUGUUAAAGCAUCUCAAUUUAGAGAUGUGUUAAAACUGAUUGACCAGUCCACUACAAAAUCUGGUGGAGUAUUGCUUGAUGAAGGUGGCGCAAGGAGCUUGAAUGACAGUGUACUUGGAGUGGAUUGUUUCGUGGCUUUAAAGAUGAUGCUUUUACUGCCUUACAAAGGUUUGCAGUUGGAGUCUCUGAGUGCACUUGAAAACAAGUUGAAACAAAAAGGUACCUCUAACAUGAUUGGCAGUGACCAUGAGUUCUUAAUGCUAGUCCUGUCCUCGGGGGUUCUAUCAACUGUUAUCAACAAAUCUUCCUAUGUCACUGUUUUCUCUUAUUCCUGCUAUUUAGUGGGCAACUUCUCUCGCCAGUUCCAAGAAGCCCAAUUGUCAAAGCUUGGAAAGAAAAGAAGCAAUGAACGUGGAAACAACGAGGGAGACACCUUAUUUCUAUUCGCAAGAAUCUUGUUCCCCAUGUUCAUAUCAGAGCUUGUCAAGUCAGAGCAGCAGGUGCUAGCAGGAUUUCUUGUUACAAAAUUCAUGCACACAAAUGUUUCACUUGGCCUCAUCAACAUUGCAGAGGCCAGUCUUAGAAGAUACUUGGCAAGGCAACUCCACGUAUUAGAACACGACAAAUUUGCCCCUGAGGAAAUGGGUUCUUGUGAAACGUUAAAGUACACAGUUUCAAGCUUGAGAGGCAAGUUGGGGAAUUCGCUUCAAUCUGCCUUGUCAUUACUUCCUAGGAAUGAAAGCAAUAGAUGAGAAAAGCUUUGCUGAGAGAGAGCUGUCAAAAAUUAAAAGAAGACAAUUGUGUUACAGAUUGCAGAAUCAUGUGUAAACCGGCAAGACCGUCCUAAAAGUUUGGAGGGGAAAUUAUUUUAUUUCUUCCAUUUCCUUCUGGAAAUAUUUCCCCGUUUGAAACAAAUGAGCUUUUGUAUACCAGAUAUCCUGUAUAUGUUUUCGAUUAGUACACAAUUUCUACA